GGCGCUGCGCUGCGUCACAACCACAAACAGCGCAGCAGCAGAACAAGACUCACGUGAUGGGGACACGCUUGAAGGUGCUGCGGGUCUUCAAAGAUCUGCAUAAGACACGAAGACAUGUUUUUAGAGAUGAUGACCGAGCUCUGACAGCUGCCAGGUUAAAAAUAAAUGAAGAAUUCCAAAAAAACAAGAAUGAAACAUCAGAGGAGAAUAUCAAAGAGAUGCUCAAAGUGGGCCGAGCGGUGGAGACCAUCCUUCGUGAAAAUGUGAUGCAGGGAGAGCAUGUGGAGCAAAACAAAAUCUUGUUACGGCCCGCCAGAGUCUCCUGCUGGACCACCCAGAAACAAGACGUGACCCUGAUUCACUGAUUCUCAUUUGCACUGUAAUAUCACACAGUGGCCAUAACUUUAAUAACUUGUACAGUAUGUUGGUUCAACGCUGAUGUUAUUGUGUUCAAUUAAAUGCAAUCAAA